AUGACGCCACGAGAGACUCGAAUUUUGUCCGUCCGACGACUAAACAAAGAAGACCCUGGGACCCGAUCACUUGCAGAAUGGUGGGCAAGCGAACGCAGCCAGAAGACGCCCGAAUCCUCGGCGAUCGAAGAGGCUGCCCAUCUUCUCCGAACGAGCGAUAUACCUGUUGCGUUUCCUACAGAGACGGUCUAUGGCCUGGGAGCUGAUGCAACACGGAGUGCUGCGGUACAGGGGAUUUACAAGGCUAAACAGCGGCCGUCAGACAACCCAUUGAUUGUCCAUAUCGAUUCCAUAGAGAUGCUAGAACGACUUCUCAACCCGGCGUCGUCGAGUCCCACGCGCACAAUGAGAACCGCGAGAAAUACUAUCCCUGCCAUCUACCAGCCAUUGAUCGAGCGCUUCUGGCCUGGUCCGCUCACAAUCCUCCUCCAUAACCCGUCCGGGUCGCUCCUCGCUGGCGAAGUCACCGCGAAUUUGACCACGUUUGGUGUGCGUAUGCCUGCGUCACCGCUGGCGCGCCUAUUAAUCCAUGUCGCGGACCGGCCGCUCGCGGCUCCUUCGGCUAAUGCGUCUACGAAACCCUCUCCUACUGCGGCUGAGCACGUUUAUCAUGACCUUGAGGGGCGGAUCGAUCUGAUACUCGAUGGUGGCCCCUGUGGGGUAGGAGUGGAGAGUACAGUUGUCGACGGGCUGAGCAACCCUCCGGCCAUACUGAGGCCAGGCGGAGUCGGGAUUGAGGAACUAAGGACGGUUCCUGGAUGGGAGAAUGUGCAGAUCGCUUAUCAUGACGGCACUCUCGACGUCAAGGAGGUCCCUCGGGCUCCUGGCAUGAAAUACCGGCACUACUCGCCCAAGGCGCGUGUAGUAUUAUUCUGUGCCGGGUCUAGCGAGGAGGCAAUCGCGAAGUAUGUGUACAAGGACUUGGAAGAUACUGCGAUUAGGGCACAUAUGAUUGGUGUCGUACGAACCCGGCAAUGGAAGCGAGGCUUGGGUCUAGUAUCAGAGGAGGACAUCCAGAAGACGUUGAAACCUAUCCCGUCCCUGGUGGAUGACCUGGUGUGCUUCUCUGUACCUGUGAAGGACAAGAUUAACAAUUGCGAGAUCACCAAGGCCGCCUUUGACUGCCACCUGGGAGACAACAUCGAGUCUAUCGCGCGGGGGCUUUUCUCGGCCUUGCGAGCCAUGGAUGAAAUGGAGGUGGAUGUCAUCUACGUGGAGGGUGUUUCGGAUUCUCAGGGAGACCUCGCGGCUGCCGUGAUGAACCGGCUCAGGAAGGCUGCUGGGACUGUGCUAAAACUAUAA